GUCGGGAGUUCGUAAUCCCUUCGCUGGCACACAGGUUCAUAGCAGAGAUGGUGGAUUUUUUUAUUCUGUUCUUUAUAAAGGCAACCAUUGUUUUAAGUAUUAUGCACCUCAGUGGAAUAAAGGACAUCUCAAAAUUUGCCAUGCAUUACAUCAUAGAAGAAAUAGAUGAAGAUACAUCCAUGGAAGAUUUGCAGAAAAUGAUGGUGGUAGCUCUCAUCUACAGGCUAUUAGUCUGCUUCUAUGAGAUAAUCUGUAUCUGGGGAGCGGGUGGAGCAACCCCAGGGAAAUUCUUGCUUGGACUGCGAGUCGUGACGUGUGACACAUCCGUACUCGUUGCGCCCAGCCGCGUGUUGGUCAUUCCGUCCUCUAAUGUCAGCAUGACAACGUCCACAAUACGAGCUUUGAUCAAGAAUUUUUCUAUUGCUUCAUUUUUUCCUGCGUUCAUUACACUGCUGUUUUUCCAGCAUAACAGAACAGCCUAUGAUAUUGUAGCCGGGACUAUUGUGGUAAGAAGAAACGGAGUCAGAUGAUACCAAAAGAUGAUAUUUCCAGACUAGUUUUAAAGACCCCCUCCCACCCCCAGAACUGAAUUUGAGGUGUCUGUGUCUUUUGCCCAAAUGAAAUAGGAACCGACCCAGAAGCUAAAGAAAAUGUUUUGCUGCAGUAUGAUGCCAGCAGGUACCUUCAAAGUAUUGGAGUUUCCAUAAAUGCCAAAGAAGUUUGGGAGAAACAUCAUGUAUUAAAUCUGGAAGUAUUAACCUCCGAUUGACGAGGAAAAAGGUGGCUGUAUUGCAGGAAGGAGCUCUUCUGUUCGUCAGUCUGU